GACUAUCUCUAUUUGAAAAAAGUACAUUUUCACACUGUCAACGUGAAUGUUACAGGCCAACCACUAUAUAUUUAUCCACAGCAUGUACCAUCCUAGCUGCACAAUCGCACUGACACAGUAAUCCACCUCCUAGCUAUCACAUCACUUAAUCUAUCCUCCUAUACCAUGAACAACCUCACACUUGCAUCCAUUCUGACCGUGAUUUCCGCGCUACUCUUGGUAGGAACUCCUUUCACUCUCACCCCAGAAAAACACCUCCAUUUCCAAAAGCACAUACAAGUAGCCCAAUCCACAUGCCAAGGAACACUCUACCCCGACCUAUGUGUCUCAACCCUUGCCACAUUCCCAGAUCUAGCCUCAAAAUCCGUCCCACAAGUGAUAUCCUCAGUGGUCAACCACACCAUGCACGAGGUGAGAUCAUCAUCCUACAACUGCAGCGGCCUCAGAAAGAACCUCAGAAAUCUCAACUCACUUGACCAAAGAGCUCUCGACGACUGUCUCAAACUCUUUGAUGACACCACCGUGGAGCUCAGAACCACCAUCGACGAUCUCUCCAACACCACCAUAGGGUCCAAGCGCCACCACGACUUGCAGACUCUGCUGAGCGCAGCAAUGACCAACUUGUACACGUGCCUCGAUGGCUUCGCUUACAGCAAAGGAAAAGUGAGGGACAAGUUCGAGGAGAAGCUGCUUGAGAUAUCGCAUCACGUUAGCAACUCGUUGGCCAUGCUGAAGAAAGUGCCUGGAAUGAAAAAAGCAACGUCGAAAUCUGAGGUGUUCCCUGAAUAUGGAAAGAUGAAAAAGGGGUUCCCCUCGUGGCUUUCCUCCAAUGACCGAAAGCUUCUCCAAGGUUCUGUGAAUGAGACCAAGUUCGAUCUCGUCGUUGCCAAAGAUGGCACUGGAAAUUUCACCACUAUAGGGGAAGCACUCGCUGUGGCUCCCAACUCCAGCACAACCAGGUUUGUGAUACACAUAAAGGCGGGGGCAUACUUGGAGAAUGUGGAAGUAAUCAGGAAGAAGACCAAUUUGAUGUUUGUUGGAGACGGGAUUGGAAAGACAGUGGUGAAAGGCAGUAGGAAUGUUGUGGACGGGUGGACCACUUUUCAAUCAGCUACUGUUGCUGUUGUGGGAGCGGGAUUCAUAGCGAAGGGUAUAACCUUUGAGAACUCAGCAGGACCCGAGAAACACCAAGCUGUGGCCCUAAGAAGUGGUGCUGACUUCUCAGCUUUCUACCAAUGCAGUUUUGUUGGCUACCAAGACACUCUCUACGUCCAUUCCCUACGCCAAUUCUAUCGUGAAUGCGACAUUUAUGGCACUGUAGACUUCAUUUUCGGCAAUGCAGCAGUGGUCUUCCAAAACUGCAACUUAUACGCACGCAAGCCGAACCAAAACCAAAAGAACCUUUUCACUGCACAAGGGAGAGAAGACCCUAACCAAAACACUGGCAUAUCCAUCUUAAACUGCAAGGUUGCAGCUGCUGCAGAUUUGAUCCCAGUCAAAACCUCGUUCAAGAGCUACCUAGGACGUCCUUGGAAAAUGUACUCUAGGACUGUUUUUCUAAAAUCCUACAUGGAGGAUCUGAUUGAGCCAGCAGGGUGGUUGGAAUGGAAUGAUACAUUUGCAUUGGAUACAUUGUAUUAUGGGGAGUACAUGAAUCGAGGUCCUGGUUCAAACACAAGUGGUAGAGUUACGUGGCCAGGUUAUAGGGUCAUUAACAGUUCUACUGAGGCAAGCCAAUUCACUGUUGGAGAGUUUAUUCAAGGCAAUGAUUGGUUGAACAGCACUGGUAUUCCAUUCUUCUCUGGUUUGAGUUGAGAAUUAUAUAGUAUUAUAGAUAGAGCGUGGUUCUCACUUUUCAGCAACAGCUGAACCUAGGAGACCAUGUUAGUUGUAAGGUUACAUUACACUGCUACGUCUAUUACUUCAUUGCUCUUCUUAUAGGCUAUAGCAGUCGUUUGACUGUGCCCAACAAUUACUCUUGUGAGGGAUUAUGUUAAGUGCUCUAUUAGAACUAACCCCUCCCCAUAUUAUGCAAUAAAUUUCUUUUUCAAAAAA